CUUUUAAAAAAAAAAAAUCUUUUUUUUUCGUCCUUCUGGAGUUCCCUUGGAGUUACCUGUGAUCGAUCGGAGACUAACCGAGUUAUUCAUCAGCUCUGCAGAUCGUUGCAUGAAACCGAGCGCGGGGCCGCAAUGAGUCGGAGAACACGACGCUGGAUUCUAAGAGUUUUACUUUGUCUGGGAAUUGUUUAUUUGAAAAUCGGUGGCUUCUCGUCGGUGGUGGCCCUAGGUGCGAGCAUAAUCUGUAACAAGAUCCCCGGUUUGGCCCCCAGACAGCGGAUUAUCUGCCAGAGUCGCCCCGAUGCCAUUAUCGUCAUCGGAGAGGGAGUCCAAAUGGGCAUCAACGAGUGUCAGUUUCAGUUCAAAAACGGCCGCUGGAACUGCUCUGCGCUCGGGGAGAGGACCGUCUUCGGCAAAGAGUUGAAAGUGGGUAGCAAGGAGGCGGCGUUCACCUUCGCCAUCAUCGCGGCGGGGGUGGCCCACGCCAUCACGGCGGCCUGCACGCAGGGCAACCUGAGCGACUGCAGCUGCGAUAAGGAGAAGCAGGGCUUCUACAGCAAGGACCAGGGCUGGAAGUGGGGGGGCUGCUCGGCCGACAUCAGCUACGGCCUGGGCUUCUCCAAGGUCUUCAUCGACGCUCGGGAGGUCAAGCAGAACGCCAGAACGCUCAUGAACAUCCACAAUAACGAGGUGGGACGCAAGGUCCUGGAGAAGAGCAUGCGCCUGGAAUGCAAGUGUCACGGCGUCUCGGGCUCCUGCACCACCAAAACCUGCUGGACCACGCUCCCCAAGUUCCGCGAGCUGGGCUACAUCCUCAAGGAGAAGUACGCGCACGCCGUGCACGUGGAAACCAUCAAGGCCAGCCGCAACAAGCGCCCCAAAUUCCUCAAGAUCAAGAAGCCGUACUCCUACCGCAAGCCCAUGGACACGGACCUGGUGUACACGGACCGGUCGCCCAACUACUGCGAGGCCGACCCGGUGACGGGCAGCCUGGGCACGCGGGGCCGCGUGUGCAACAAGACGGUGGCGCAGCACGCGGUGGGCGGCUGCGACCUGAUGUGCUGCGGCCGCGGGUACAACACGCACCAGUACUCCCGCGUGUGGCAGUGCAACUGCAAGUUCCUGUGGUGCUGCUACGUCAAAUGCAACACGUGCAGCGAGAGGACAGAGGUGUACACGUGCAAAUGAGAGUUAUUUAUUGGAUGUGUGUGUGUGUGUGUGUGUGCGUGUGUGCGUGUGUGUUUGAACUGUUGAACUUUUGACACGACGGCUGCGCCCGCUACACCCACGAGGAGGAAGUACCGAGCGGCGUGCACAGGAAGCUGAAGACGUGGGCGUCGGGAUUCUUUUGCGCACAAAGCUCCUCGCCCCGCCCCCUCUCCUCUGUCGGGAAAAGAGUUAAUAAAAAGGCGUGCGAGUGAACGCCGUUAACGGGGAAGCGUACCCGGGCACGUGGGAUCGGGGUGCCAAAAGACAUUUAAAAGAAAAAGUAAGCUAAGUGGACAUUUAGGAAAUGGACUUUGAGAGUGAUGGUGGACGGGAUGGACUCUGACCCGACGGCCAUUUGGACUAUUUAACAUACUGUAUGUAGAGAAUGAAAAUAAUUAAUAUUAAUUUAUUCUAUUAAAAACAAA